CAUCCACUGAUAAUUCAGCAGCUGAGGAACUCAGUAAAGCCUGCUCCAAACUUCUCAGCUGUUGACAGGCUUGACUUGCUGAGAACACUGGUUAAAUAUAGCACAAGCGAGCUGAGCUCAACAAAGUCAUUGCUGUAACACUGUGUGAAGAGACCAGAAGAGGGGAAAUACAAUCUGAGAACUAAACUGCCAAAGCCUAACACCACCUAGCAACAGUUGAAAAAACUUUUAAACAAAAGUCUGGGUGAGACACAGACAAAGUAUACCUCCUACUUCUUCUGCCUGGGAUUUCUGCGUGAAGCAACUCCGGUCCUUAGUACUCUGCCCUGUUUCCUUCAUUACUUCAGCUGCUGGUAGACCCAGAAAAGUGGGAAAAGUUCCUGUCUUUGUGUUCUCUUGGGCUGGAUCAGGCUACUGCUGUGGGACAAGCUACUGCAAUCUUGCAGUGCAAAGGAUAUAUCCUAAGUUCCUGCUGACAGGUAGGGAUGAGAUCCCGAAACCAAGGCAGAGAAAGCUCGUCUAACGGGCACUUGUCCAGUUCCAGGCCUGUCAUCAGCCAUGCAGAGAACGAAAAACUCCAGGAUGAUGCCAAGAAAAAGAACAAACCUCAUCGGAAGGAAGAUGAGGUCAUGGUUUCAGCAACUGUCAAACGGCACUCAAAAUCACCUGGACCUAGUGAACGAAAGAACAAGAAGUCCAUAGAGUUUUCUAAAGAGGACUUGAUAAAACUCCUCAGUAUAAUGGAAGGAGAACUACAGGCAAGGGAGGAUGUGAUCCACAUGCUGAAGACAGAGAAAACCAAACCUGAAGUUUUAGAAGCUCACUAUGGUUCUGCAGCUCCAGAGAGUGUGCUGAGAGUGCUACACAGGGACGCCAUCCUCGCCCAAGAAAAAUCUAUAGGAGAAGAUGUCUACGAGAAACCAAUUUCAGAGCUGGACAGGCUUGAAGAAAAGCAGAAGGAGACAUAUCGACGCAUGCUGGAACAGCUCCUUUUGGCAGAAAAAUGCCAUCGCCGCACAGUUUAUGAGCUUGAAAAUGAGAAGCAUAAACAUACAGAUUACAUGAACAAGAGCGAUGACUUUACCAACCUCUUGGAGCAGGAGCGAGAGAGAUUGAAGAAACUUCUUGAGCAGGAGAAGAUCUAUCAAGCCCGAAAGGAGAAAGAACACACAAAGAGACUCAAUAAACUAAGAGAAGAACUAGUCAAGCUCAAAUCAUUUGCACUCAUGCUGGUGGAUGAGAGACAAAUGCAUAUUGAACAACUUGAUCAACAAAGCCAGAAAAUACAAGAUUUAAAUCAAAAACUAAAGGAAGAAGAAGAAAAGCUUAAAAUUGUUACUGCAAAAGCAAAAGAAGAUGGACAAAAGCUGAUGCGGUUAGAAACGGAACUUGAACACAAAACAUCGUCAUUUUCUCAGGAACAUGAGGAGAUGACUGCUAAACUGGCUAAUCAGGAGUCACAUAACAGACAGCUAAGGCUCAAGUUGGUUGGGUUGACUCGCAGAAUAGAGGAGCUAGAGGAAACAAACAGAAGUCUUCAAAAAGCUGAAGAGGAACUUCAGGAACUAAGAGAUAAAAUAGCAAAAGGGGAAUGUGGGAACUCUAGUUUAAUGGCAGAAGUUGAAAAUCUCCGCAAGCGUGUACUUGAAAUGGAGGGAAAAGAUGAAGAGAUCACAAAAACUGAAUCCCAGUGUAAAGAGCUGAAAAAUAAACUGCAAGAGGAAGAGCACCAUAACAAAGAGUUGAAACUUGAAGUGGAAAAGUUGCAGAAGAGAAUGUCAGAACUAGAGAAACUGGAAGAGGCUUUCAGUAAAAGUAAGUCUGAAUGCACUCAGCUACACUUAAACUUGGAGAAAGAGAAGAAUUUAACUAAGGAUUUGAUAAAUGAAUUGGAACUGGUGAAGACUCGAGUGAAAGACCUUGAGGCAUCAGAAAGCAAGUUGGAAAAAGCUGAAAUAAGCUUAAAAGAUGACUUAACAAAGCUGAAGUCAUUUACCGUAAUGUUGGUUGAUGAACGGAAAAAUAUGAUGGAAAAAAUAAAACAGGAAGAAAAAAGAGUUGAGGGUCUAAACAAGAAUUUUAAAGUUGAACAAGGGAAAGUUAUGGAUGUAACAGAGAAACUGAUAGAAGAAAGUAAGAAAUUUUUGAAACUGAAAUCAGAAAUGGAGGAAAAGGUGUCUGUUUUGACAAAAGAAAGGGAUGAGUUAGUUGUUAAACUGAAAAGUGAAGAAGAAAAGUCCUCAGAACUGAGCUGUCGAUUUGAUCUGUUAAAGAAAAGACUUGAUGGUAUGGAGGAAGUGGAGAGAGAAAUUACAAGAGGUCGAGCCAGAAAAGGACCAGAGCAUGGCUGUCAGGAGGACAACAAGAUUAAGGAACUCACUAUUGAAAUUGAAAGACUGAAAAAACGGCUCAAACAAUUGGAAGUGGUUGAAGGAGAUUUGAUGAAGACAGAAGAUGAAUACGAUCAGCUAGAGCAGAAAUUUAGGACUGAGCAAGAUAAAGCUAACUUACUUUCUCAACAGCUGGAAGAGAUGAAGCUCCAGAUUGCCAAAAACAAAGCAAUAGAAAAAGGUGAAGCAGUAAGCCAGGAGGCAGAGUUGAGGCACAGGUUUCGUCUGGAAGAGGCUAAAAGCAGAGAUUUGAAAGCAGAAGUUCAAGCUCUUAAGGAAAAAAUCCAUGAACUGAUGAACAAAGAAGACCAGCUUUCUCAGCUCCAAGUGGAUUAUUCAGUUUUGCAGCAAAGGUUUAUAGAAGAAGAAAAUAAAAACAAGAGCAUGGGGCAGGAAGUUCUGAAUCUAACGAGAGAGUUAGAACUUUCUAAGCGUUACAGCCGCGCUCUGAGGCCCAGCAUAAAUGGACGAAGAAUGGUUGAUGUUCCUGUGACAUCCACAGGUGUGCAAACAGAUGCUGUGAGCAGUGAAGCAGCAGAAGAAGAAACUCCAGCUGUGUUUAUACAGAAAUCCUUCCAGGAGGAGAACCACAUAAUGAGCAAUCUGCGACAGGUAGGUCUGAAAAAACCUAUGGAGCGUUCUUCAGUGCUUGAGAGAUACCCUCCAGCAGCAAAUGAACUUGCAAUGAGGAAAUCUUGGAUACCGUGGAUGAGAAAGAGGGAACAUGGGGCUCAGGCAACUCCAGACAAAGGAGCCCGAGCCCACAGUGGCACAGCACAUCCUGGGGAGGUUGUCCUUUCACCAAAGCAGGGUCAGCCUCUUCAUAUUCGGGUGACACCAGACCAUGAGAACAGCACAGCUACUUUGGAAAUAACCAGCCCAACCUCAGAGGAAUUCUUUUCAAGUACCACUGUCAUUCCUACUUUGGGAAAUCAGAAGCCACGGAUAACCAUCAUUCCCUCUCCAAAUAUUAUGCCUUCAAAAGGAAAAGGUAGUGAAAGUCCAUUGGGCCCUGACCGUUCCAUGUCUCCAGUCACUAUAACGACAUUCUCCAGAGAAAAGUCUCCAGAGGGAGGUAGAGUACCUUUCGUUGACAGACCCACAUCACCAAUUCAGAUUAUGACAGUAUCAACAUCCGCAGCACCAGCAGAAAUCUCUGUUUCUCCGCAGUCACAAGACAUGACCAUGGGAAGGGCUGUUUUCAAAGUAACACCAGAAAAACAAACUGUCCCAUCUCCAAUCCGUAAAUACAACACCAACGCCAAUAUUAUUACAACAGAAGACAACAAAAUCCACAUCCAUUUGGGUUCCCAGUUUAAGCGCUCUCCUGGUGCUGCACCAGAUGGUGCAAGUCCUGUGAUAACAGUCCGACCAGUGAACAUAGCAGCUGAAAAAGAAGUUGUCACUGGUACUGUCCUACGGUCACCCAGGAACAACCUGUCCUCACGGCCUGCAGCAAGCAAGGUGACAAGUACUAUCACUAUAACACCUGUAACUACGUCCUCCACACGAGGAACGCAGUCCGUGACAGCACAGGAUGGGUCAUCCCUGAGACCUACACCAACCCGUAUUCCUGUGUCAAAAGGAGGAAAAGAACCAUCGAAAAGGCAGUGUACAUCAGGAAUACAUUCAGCCUGGGAAGUGAGAAUGGGCAACUUCACCAAGUUAUUAAUCCAGCCUAGGAAUUCUUAAUGCUUGACUUGGUAACUUUUUAAUAGACUGAAGGAAGAUCACUUAUAAAUAACUGUCUUCCAUCAUAACAGAUCACUUUCUGUCCUGGCUUCUGUGUGGAGCACCUGCUUAUAACCACAAUUUUUAGAUGCUGUGGUACCUAGGGACCUGAGCUUUUAUUUCAAUAAAAGCUAGUGUCUCACAUACAGCAGAGGCAGAAAGAAGGGACCACAGGUUGUGACCAGCCUUGUAUCUAGGAAUUUCUCCUGUAGAUCAGCUUUUCUCACCUGUGAGCUUCUUUUUCAAGGCAGUGACAAAAUUCAGGGGAAUGGGGAGGUUGCACAAUUUAGGCAGCAGCAGCACUAAACAGUUAUGUAUUUCUUCCAGAACUUUAAUACACUUGUAGUUAGUGCUUACAGCUGAGUCUCUCUUCUGUGGCUUAGACUGCCAGCUCUGGGGUUAGAUGAAGGAAUUAGGCCUAAAGGUGUUUAGUCUUUAAAAAAAACCUUAGAGAAACAUUGAUCUGACUACAGUCAAUACAGUCCAUUUGUGCAUGCUCCAAAAACCAUGAAAAUCUAUGAAGCUAUUUGGUUGACAUCACUGGGCUUGCAGUUUUUCUUGUUAGAUGGACUUGUGCUCUGUAGAUAAACUUGAGCUGUCAAGCAUCCUUAUGUGUUAGAGGGAGUGUCAACACAGAUUGCUGAUGGUAGCAGUUGCUACCUAAAGAGAUAGUUCAGGUAUGGUCAGGGAAAGAAAAAAGGUCUCUAUGAUCUCCUUUAUGGUCAGUUCUCAUUUGUUUGAAGUAUUUUGUGUUAAGUACAGACUGCCUCAGAGUACCAUGGAGAUUCAUCUUUCUUCUUCUCUCUUUUUGGUUUCUUCAUUUGUAUGUUUGCAUUUUUAAGCAUGUUUUAAGGAAUUGUUCCAGCAUGGAAAUGGUGUGGAUACUGAUGAUUGUUACAGUGAUUUAUUUAAUAACACUAAAGUUAUUAAAGGGCAUUUCCUUUAAAGUAAUCAAUUUGCACAGAAGAAAUUUGCAAAAAAAAAGAAACUGAGCAGACUGAUAAAUUUUGGUUUUAAAGCUUGUUUACCUCAACCACCACAGAAAGCUGUAAAGGACUGGUUAGGAAUAGCUUUCAGAAGGAAAAGCAGGAAGACUACCAAUAAAUAAUAAAUACAAUUCACGGAAAGGAAAAUGCACCAGUGUGUGAAAUAUUAAAUAGCUUUCUGUCUGAGAGAAGAAAUUUGAUGGAAGAAUCUGCCACAAAAGGUCGACAAAAUUAUAUUCAAUCCAAACAGUGCUUAAUCUUCAGUCUGCACUUUGCAGUGCUCUCCAAUUUAAGAUCCAGAUAUGGCCAUUAUCCCAGAAUACAGCUGACAUUUUAUGAUUAACAUGAAGGACAUUUUGUCUGUGAUACGAAAGCUGCUGUCACAUAGAAAAAGAAAUAGACUUCCUUUUCUCCAUCUCCAUCUGUGCAGCACCUUCAGUACCUGCUAAUUUUAAGGCUCUGUUUCCUAUGGCACCUGGAAAUCAGAUUCAAAUUUUUCAUAGCACUCAAUGCUCACUAUUUCAGAUAAAACUUGGAAACUGGAAUUAUCAAGCGAUAUGAGUUACCAUUCCAGAAGUGCAUCAGAUCCUCUCAACUAAUUGUUAUAGGUUAAAAGCCUCCGUUUGACAGUAAAUGGUUACUGAGAUCUUACUGUUCUAUUUGUAACAGAGACUUUUAAGCAGAUGUUUGAAGAAAACUUAUUAAGAGCUUUUAGCUGGAUAGACCCUCUAAACACUGGCACUCAAACAAAUCUUUAGUUCAAAACAAUCAUUUAAAUAAUACUGCAAACAUGAGCCCCAAGCUAAUGUGGUUACAGUGAUGAACUACAGCUGGCUUAAGCCUUCCUUUUCAUAUCCUUUUUUCAAAGAAACAAGCUAUUCCUUAGUUAACUUAACAUUGCCUUACCCAGGGCAAUGUUCUAAGUGUGCCUGUGGUUGAAAAAAUGGUUUGUUUUGCCUAAGAUCUGAGAAACUAAUUCACCUGAAGAAAUAAGCCAGACUUACAGUACCUGAAAUCCAAGACACACACAAAUUAGCACAGCUGAACCAGUACUGCAGACACAAGCUAGGAACUGCUCUAUAGAGUCAGAAGGAUUGUAUGAGACAGAAUGAGACAGAUUUGAGAAAUUCCAGACAGGUCAGACCAAGAAUGCUGUUAUUUUUCCUGGGAACAAAAAAAAAAAAAAAAAAAAAAAAAGAACUUUUGCUCCAUAGCCAACCCAGCAGAACUGAAGAAUUGGAAUCAGGCAACUAGUUUGACUGUUAGCUAUAGAUAUGUAUUUUGUUGUAUUCAGCAUUUUUAACAUGUUUUGACUGAGCUGAGAUUCUUGUUUUGUAAAGGCAGAAAGAAUGUAAGAUGAUGAUACUUUUAUUAUUAUUUUUUAAAAAAGGAAAGCCUGUAGAUCAGAAGUCUUCAAAGUUGAAACUUAACUGUCUUUAUUUUAUUUGAAUUUCUUCUGAAUCUGAGGACUAUUUUUAGUGACUACAGUAAGGUUCUCUGUUCAGUAAGUCAGCUCCAAAGGGUGAUUUAGACAACCAAAUCUAAAUAGAGUCCAUAAUGCUCCAGUUGAGCUCCCAGCUUUCUUUGUAUUGUCUGAGCACCAGAGACAUGCUGAAGAUCUACCUGAAGUUCUGCUGCUGCACUUGCCUACCAGUGUUGUGGCCCACCUAGAAGCGCAAUCUCCGAACCUAACUGAAAUCCAGAUUCUAGGUAUUCAUGUCCUUUCAGGACAUAAAAUCAACAAAAAAGCCACAAUUUCAUGGUCAUUCAAAGUCAGGACAUAACCAACCACCAGAGUCAGAAGUUGUAGUCUUGUCCUUGGCAAUUCCAACCCGAGAUAAUACUGACGUCCAUCUGGUUGACCCAUGAGUUGUCACAAGUGUUUCAACUUGCCUGGAGAACUGAUCUGAACUAAAAGGAAUCUAGCAACAGACAAGAAGUCUAAUUUUAACCUAGCCUAGAUGCAAGCUCUUGGGCCAGAAAAAGAAAGGGAGAAGGUGUGGGAAACCAGUAGCUGUUUUAAAGUGGUUGUAGAAUCAUUAAUGUCUCCUAAUAGAUCACAUACCACAGGGAUAUGUAGUAGUGUAUUUAUUUUAACAAGCUUUUGAUUGAACCUGUCCUUCAAAGGCAUGAGUCAGGACCCUCUUCUCAGCAGUUCCUGAGGUAAUUCCAAUCAGCUCCAUCAAAUUCAGCAAGCACUGACAGCUGAGAGACUGACGAUGGCAUUCUCGUUCCCUUCUGUAAAGGCUGUGCUGUUCUGCAUGGAGGAGUUCAGUAUUCAUUGAGCAGAAACAAAAGAGUGGUUGAGUGAUCAGGAUAUUGAAGUACGGGGGAAGUUCCCCUAGAUUCAGGUCCCUGAUCCAAAGGCUGCUUUUAAGCCUGGCCUUCUGUGAAAAGAAGGCUUCUAAGAUGAAAUGUCUGUGUUUAUCCAUCCCUCCAUCUGUCCUCUGUCAAUGAAUGACAUUGAAUACAUCCACCAGUUUCAGCCAAACUUGACAAAGCAACAGAGAUCCCCAGAAUAAGAAGUUCUUCACGUUUAAUGAAAAGGGUGACUGAGAAGAGGAGCAAGACCUUAGCAGAACCCCACUGUGUGAAAGAAUGCAGCAUGAGCUCACCUUCAAGCAACAUCAAAGAACAAACACAAGAGAGUGAUGUCAGAAAUGCCACAAGGACAAGCUUUUUUCAGACCUCAGAUUUUACUAGGCACCAAAGAAUCAAACUGUCAGACAUAAAUCCAUAGGAAAUUAAUCGGGCCUUUAUUUACGGGGCUUCUUUAUGCGUAUUUUACCAUGACUGGGUUACAGUGCAGAAAACCAGCUUCCUCUGCCCAGGUGAUCACCAGGAAUUACUGAUGCUCAUUCUUUCUCUCCCUUUCCUUUUUCCCUGUAUUGAUUUUUUCAGUGAAGUGGAACAGUUUCAAUAGCAAAAUGCACUCAGAAUAACAAUGAUAAAUACAGUGCUGUUUGAAAGAGAGGAAGUACAGAUUUGAAUCCCAUCAGACACAAGCAAAAUCUCAACCCAUAGCGCCCACAUUACGAAAUACUGCUCUUAACAUGGACUAUCUGUGCAAAUGAAAAUUUCCGUUUCUUUCACUGACUUUUAAGCACUUCAAAUAUUUUCAGGAUAUUGAGAGAAAGGGCCUGAUCUGCUACUCUUUUCAUGAGAUGGCUGCUGCUUUGUGAGUGCCAAAAAGAGGAAGGAGCUUCUGGCAAGGCUUUGCAAGACACCUAAUGCACAGAGGAAUGGCGGGAUUCAGAAGUUACAGCACUGUACUCUGCAUUCCUGCUCAACAUACCGUAUCUAAUCUGAACAUCUCUUGCUGCAAUCUCUGUCCUCAUCCCUUUAAAUCAGAAAAUAAGUCAGUAAUAGAUGUUAACUAAUCUGCAUCCAUACUUGCAACAUAAAAAAAGGUUAGCAUGCACCUAAAUUCUGACAUCAGCUUUUUCCCUUGUACCCAUGCUAGUGCUAAAAAGGUCGAAGUUCAGACUCACUAGGAACAGAUGAACAUUUUUAUUUUGGUUAUGCUUCAAUAAGAAGUGGAGAAAUUAUUUGUUCUGGCUGACAUAGCCAUACCCAGCCCAUAAGGCUUAGGUAGAGUGACAGGAGAACAAGAGAGGUGCCAACGCAUCCAUGACAAGAUACAGAUCAGCAUGCACUGAUGUGUGAGAUUUUGGUUCUAGACCCGCAACAAAGUUUUCUGCUGCAUUUUCAAGAUUAGAUCCUGUCACCUGAAUGCUGUUACUGGAUGAGUAUUGCUAAUGUGGUCAUGAGCAGAGCAAUGUUUGCUCUUUCAGUCAAAGUAUGACUGAAAAUGAGGGAGCACAGAACUUCAUCUCUAAUGUUUAGAGGAGCUUUCUCAUAUUGUUAAACAUACUAAGUAAACAGUAGAAGAAAAACAGAGAUUCUUAUUUAUUUUGCCCACUUUUUUUUCCCUUUUGUGACGCCCACUAAUGUGGUUCCUCAAAAAGCACAAAACACUUUUGUUACUCUUCUUAAUAUGCCCAUAGAAUACACAUCACCAUAGCAAUUAGUUGCAUUUGAGUACUCUCAGAAGUCACAUGAAUAUGCUGAUUCAUGCCAGUUAGAUGCCAAAUCAUGUUACUGCUUGAAAUGUGCUACGUGUUCUAAAACAUGUUCAAUAUUUACAUGAACAUUUUGUGAUUCUGAUCAGAAGCUGAAAGUCAUGUCUUUAAAGAAGCAAUCUACCAUCCUGUGGCGUUUCAGGUGCUUGGCAUAAUCUGCAGCAGUCAAGACAAUUUUCAGACCAAUUAUAUGUUCCUAUCAAUUGCCAACUUCAUUGAAUCUGUUUGAAACCUGCAGUUUGCUGACAGAAGAUUCUAUGAGCUCAUCUUUUGAACUUGUUUUCAUUUAGGGGAAUGUUUUUCUCCCCUUCAUCAGUGUGAAUUACCUUCUUUCCCUUAAUUCUGACUGAGCAUACUCUGACAGACCUCUAUCCAACAUUUCUCACUGAAGAUGUUAACUUUUGAUCUCCAUUACUACCUAUGCUGCCCUUACAAAGCUUUUUGGAAGAUGCAGUGAGGAUUAACUACUUUCAAAUUCAGAGCUGUCAGCUCUGAAAUUCAGGUACAAAUCGUUCAGGUACAAAUCAUUCAGGUAUGAAUGGUUCCUCACUUUAAAAACUCUUUUUCAACGGGAUUAUAAAAAUAGAAAUACUGACAGAUGAUUCAGUUUUGUCACUUGGAUGCGCAACUUUCUGUAUCAUUUGGUGUUUUUUGUUUGUAUAUAUUGUAAGAAAAAAUUAAACUUACAUGCAUACAUUAAACAUACAUUAAAAUGUCAGUUGAUGUGCUUCAUUAUGAGAGUUGGUAUUUUUGAUGGGCCAGUUGCUAAUGCUGUGUUUCUCUGAGAUAUUCCAGCUUACACUGGGGAGAUGGAAAUCAGAUUGAUCCUUUUUAUUAUGUAUCUUUGUUCUCUUUUCCUGUCAUUAAAAUAACUUCAGUUGCAUUUAAGUGAAUUGAUAGCUCCUUGAAAUAUUCAGACCUAAAAAAUGUAUGUAAUUAUAUCCUACAGAUACCAUAUUCCUACAGAGGUUACUCCUACAGAACUGUGACAAAAUCUACCCUACUGUAGUUUCGAUUUAAUAACUGUUUGAAUACCUCUUCUAGUAACUACAGUAUGUAGUAUGUAGUAUGUAGUAUAUAGUAUGUAGUAUGUAGUAGUUUGAGCAACCUGGUCUAGAGGGAGGUGUCCCUGCCUAUAGCAGAGGGUUGGAACUAAAUGGUCUUAAAUGUCCUUUCCAACCCAUACCUCUCUAUGACUCUGUGUAAUAAUGCAUACAUAUACAUAUUAUAUGUAACAGUUUAAUGCAAAAUAAAUUGUUAGGAAAAAAACAAAAACAAAAACAAACAACCUGGUCCAUACAUAUAAAUGAGUGUGAGAAAAAAAUGAACAAGUAAAUACUAGAACUGGAAGAAAUUUUUUAAAAUAUUUUUCUGACUUUUAAAAAAAUCAUUAUAUUUAGUCUGCAGGACAGCUGACUCAGAAACCCACUGCAUUUUUGCUCUUCAUUCAGUAUUGAGCAUUCACAAGGAAGAUGAUAUUUUCUACAGUCCAUUUAGUUUUUAGAAUUUUGUUAUUAAACUAUGAAUAAAUUGAUUAUUAAGAAAAAGUGUUUCCUAUAGAAUUCACGUGACUCCCAUUGACACGAAUGGGAGGUUUCAUUCGACGUUAUAAUCUAAUAUUAAAUGCAGCUUUUUGCAUAAUAUUCCUCAAGAGCAUGAAGUUAGAGAACAGCUCUGCCUGUAAUUUAUUCUUGCCAUAGUUUGCGGUUCUUUAAUAUUCAUUGCUCAAAUUUCUGAGAAUAAGCACACACAUAUUCCUGAAAAUCAUUUCUGAAUGUAAAUUAUAUAAAAAUGAAAUGCUUUCAUGUAGGAAAAUCUAUUACUUCAUUUGCCACACCUUAUUUCCUUGGAUGUUGCCUUAGCUGUGCUUUUCUCGGUCAACACACAUAAAAAACCUAACUGGAACCUGCCAUCUAGUGGCAACAUUCUGGCAUAACGAGUACACAAAAAGCAGUGACCUUUCUUUUAAUGUAACUUACUUAAGCACCUUUCAGGUAUUAGCAGACAAAGUCAACAGAAAUCUCUAAGGGGAUAAUGGCACGGUUAGUACAAUUUCUUGGGCUGCAUACUUUUUGAAAAAUCUUCAGGCUAUUAAGAGAGGAAAGAAUCUUAAAAAACCAACAACAUUUCAAUUAAAAAAUGAGUAUUUAUGAAAACAUGUUACUGUACUUCUAGUUAGCAUCAGUGCAUUUAUAUUAUUUGAAGUGUGCAAAAUACCUAUUUUCAGAGAUAAUGUCAUUGGCUGAUAGCUAAAUUCUUCUAUUAAAAAUUGCCUGUUGGAGCAGUGUAUUUAAACAGAAAAGCUGAAGGCCAAGCUGUGAGCCAGCAUUUUAAAAGAACCUCGAAAUUAAUCAGAGAGCUCUUGUGUUACACUCAGGACAAAAUUAAAUUGGGCCUUUCAAAGACAAGGCAAAUAUUUCCUUUUGCAUACUAUGGCUGGAAUUUAUAUUCCAGGCAAUAGCAAAAUUCAGCAGACUUGCUGAAUAAAAGCAGCAUCAGAUUCUAAGGAAAAUUCAGAUAAAAACAAAUGACUACAUACCUCUUUCUUAACCCCACUUCAGAAUCACCAGCAGGUUUUUGAUGAUUUUGCUCAGAUAGGAUUCAAGAUACCCAACUUCAAAUUGUCCUCCACAGGAUUCAGGUGUGGGGCUGAGCCUUAGUGUUCCUGUGGUUCAAUUUAUUCAGCUGUAUUAUUCUUUUUUUCCAAGUGAUGGAUUUGACAGUGAAGUGGGAGCCAAGGGCUCCAGAGCCCAAGCAUGGUACUAGUUAGGUUUCCCAUUGCAGCAUUUAAACAGAGCAUUUUUUAUCAGACAGUGACAUUAGAGAAAGGCUGCAAGGUAUUUCCAGAAAAAAAAAAAGCACUUUGGUAAUGUAAUUGUUCUUCAUGAUAGUAACUUGUAAUUUAUUUCCAGUUUCAUAAAACCAAAUGUUUUGCUCUCUUUU